AUGCUUCAGCCAAACCAAAGAGGAAACGCUGGAUCAAUUUCUGAAGUCUUAGCUAAUUUAGAUUUCUCAGCUCUGGAUCUGAGAAGUUCCACACAAGAAGUGCAACAGAUUAAUCAGAUUGUCGAAAAUUUACUUGCCCGCAGUCUUGUUGAACCAGAACUCCCAGAAAUGAUUUCAGCAACCAAUCCUGAUGUAGCAGCAGCGCUAAGAAGUCGUGACAAGGAAGCAUUGCGUCAAGCUGUGAAAGCAGAGCAUGAGAAAAAAAGAAAUGCAACAAUCAUGUCAAAAAGAUGCGCAGAGCGAUGCAAUUUGAUGAGCCUUGUUGACACAAGAUUCAGUGGAAUAGCCAGGUGUGUUCCAUGUUCAACGACUGUGGCAAGCUCUGCUUACUUUAGAGGCGUUGGGACUGCCCGAAUUGUUGGAAGAAUUCAUAUGGUUCAGCUUAAGAUGGGAAACCAAUUUUUUGCAGCCUCUCUCACAGUCCUUGAGGACGAUAAGGUUGAUUUUUUGUUCGGAUUGGAUUUAUUAAGGCGACAUCAGUGUUUGGUCGAUUUGCGCGAAAAUGUUUUGAGAAUCGGUCAUGAGGCUCUUCCGUUUCUUUCUGAAAAAGACAUCAAUGCGCCCGAUUCAAACCAACCCGUCGCACCACAACCGUCAUCCGAAUCGGCCCCUCAGAUUCGGCGUCAGGAUGGUCGGCAACAGAUUUCAGAAGAGAAAGUGAAGAGAUUGGUUGAUUUGGGUUUUCCCAGAGGUGCAUCCAUUCGAGCCUUAGAAGCUUCUGCUUGGGAUGUUGAAAUUGCCGCCGCAUUAUUAUUUCAACAACAUGAAUUUAGUUAA